UCUGGUGGAUAGGCCUGACACUGUGAAGCACGAUAGGGAAAGUCCCGUUAUAUGAAAUUCUCCUUCAGUCAUAUCCUCCUUACUUUGGCCAGAUUUGUGACGAUGUUUUGUGACAAGCAAGGUGGAAGAGAUUCCUGAAAACGAAACACAAUGAGUACGGGGUCACGGAGACAAGCUCGCGCCCAUCAUCACCCGAGGGCUACGGAGCACGACUUUCAAGAAUGGGCAAGAUUGCCUGGAAACAUUUGGUGGCAAGUGGAGGAAUUCAAACACCAGGGUAAUGCAAUUAUCAACCAAGACCCAGGAGGGGCUAUCCAGUUCUACUCUAUGGCAUUGGGUAUUGACGAUGAUCCUAAUCACCCCUUCAAUCUCCUGACGCCACGAGAGAGGGCAACUCUGUAUAGCAACCGCUGCACAGCCUGGACAAAAAUCAGGAAUCUGGGGCAAGCCUUUGAAGACGCCAUGGCAUGCAUCAGUGUGGAUCCCACUUUCCAGAAGGGUUACUGGCGGGCCGCCACGGUGAUGAAGCAGAUGAAUAAAGAAGAUGAGGCUUUGGAGGCUCUGAUUGACGGGUACCCCAAAAUCCUCGGCAGUGACAGGGAGGCAGUCAAUUUCCGCGUCAACUUCAUCUAUGAGAUCACAACUCUGACCGUUCGGCUGUGGGAUAAGUGGAAAAAAUCACAGUUCCUGUUCAGGCUCCUAGAUAUCCCCACGUCUGUGUGGACGGAAGUUGUUCAGCGACUUGCCAAGAACAAGGACUAUCAUGCUUUACGGCUGGUGUUCCUUCGCGGUGGUAUUCAAUCAGGCAAGACGUACGAGAUCGGCAAAGGUGGUGCCGCCACCGGCUGUGACACCUCGGCCAUCGACCUUCGAACCAUAGUCCGUGAUCUCUUCAAUAUAUACGACAACUGGAGUAUGCACUUGGUGCUCGAGCUGCUCAAGCACGGGUCAAAGGUCGAAGGUUUGAGCCAGAAGGAAGGGGACACACCCCUGCACUGUGCAGUUGAGAAUACACUGAGAACUGGAUGGGUUGGCCUCCUGGAAUACCUCCUCAGUAAAGUUUUCACCACAAGCGAGCGGAGGAACCUGCCGGACCGCUUCGGGGAUUCGCUCUUCCACCUGGUGGCCAAGACGACCGGCCCGUUCUCUCACGCCAAGACGGUCGUUGACAUCUUGCGGAAGCACGUAGUGGACCCCUCCAGGAAGGACCGGCGGGGAUACAUGCCACUGGACGUUGUGCCCAUGAGCAGCCCACACUACACUGAGAUACGAAGAUUGCUGACUGAGACUGCAGUGGCCUGGGAACAGUUUAUGAGGCAGCAGAGGAACGAACAACAGUUUCAGCAACAUUCGAGGAGUAUGCCUGGCCAGCGUUUUCCUGGCCCUCGCUUCUCACCACCAAACGCUGCCUUUCCUGGCAAUCAGACGCGGCCCAGUCAGACUCGUUACUACCCGACAAGACCUCAGGCUAAGCCCCAGCCUUCACCUCCACCAAGCCCACAGUUCUUCGAUCCCUCCCGAAUUUUCAACACCCCGUCAAGGCCAAGUGCCCCCGCACCAUUCUUUGAUCAUUCCAAACUGUUUGCUGAACCUCAGAAACCCACUUGGCAGCAGGAAGAGAUGGUGAAGCAGAAGCAGAGGGAGGAACAGCAGAAGAAGGAACGGCUGAAGCAGGAGCGGCUCAGGAAAGAGGAGGAGCGAAAAAAGCAGGAAGAGUUGGAGGCAAGGAGGCAACAGCAGCUGGAGGAACAGCGGAGGCGGGAGAUAGAGGAGCAGAUACGGGCGAGGCUGAUGAUGGAGGAGCAGCGGAAGAGGGAAGAUGAGCGCCGGCGACUGCAGGAGGAGCAGAAGCGUGAAGAGGAGCGCCGGCGACUACAGGAGGAGAAGAGACAGAAGGAGAAGGAACGUCAGGAGAAGUUGCGCCAGAAGCAGGAAGAGAAGAAGAGGAAAGAGAAUCAGAAGAGGAAAGAGAGGAAGGAGUUGCAAAGGAAGAAGGAGGCUGAGGCCAAGCUCAGCACGUACCAGAAAGGCCUGAUGUUCCAGAAGCAAGGCAAGCAUGACCAGGCCGUGCCACUGUUCCUGGAGUUCAUCGGCAAGGAGCACAGGAACCAAGUGAUUUACCGGGACGUGGAUCGCUGCAAGGAUGCCUUGGUGGAGUCACUGGAACAUUGCCAAGAGAUUCCAGACUCAGUCAAGUGCGAGGCUCCGCCGACCUACUGGAACACGACGGUGCAGGAGUUGGCGGACAAGAACAAGUGGUGGAGCCUCUUCCUGCUGCUGGUGGGAGGGAGUUACAGCAUCAACCGGAACAGCAUGGGUAUCGCCCAUGGCUGCGACGCCUCAGGGGUGUCCAUCAUGGCAUUCCUGAACCAGUGGGAGGGUAUGAACAUGGCCCCUGGACGACUGACCAUGGUGAAGGCCCUGCUAGAGAAUAAGGCCAAGCCUGAUGGCCUGCUGAAUGACUCCAUAACCCCGCUGGCCCACUGUCUGAAGACAGAGAACUACGAGUUGGUCAACCUGCUACUUACACACGGAGCAUCACCCAAGCUGCUGGUCAUGGACCCCGGCGACACCCCAUUCCAUUCUGCGCUGAAGAUCGGUUUCAAACAGGACGAUCGCAAGUUCGCUAUACUGGACCUCCUCCUGACCAAGUACUCUGCGGAUCCCACGGCUGCUACCUACCUGGACAAGAACGCCCGAGACCGGGCAGGGAACACCUUGUUCCACCUGGCCCUCACGGGUGGGUCGAAGAACCAGUCGCUCAAUGCCGUCAAGAUCCUGAGCCAGCACAAGGUCAACCCCUGGUUGCGAGACCAUGGAGGUAGGGUACCACUCAGGAUGGUGACUAACAAAGACCGGCGGUACAUGUAUCUGGCAGAGGCUGCUAAGUACUACGACGCGGCAAGCGAGUCUAUUCCCAGUGUACCCAGAGGGGACAACCAGGGCAGCUCCUCAGAUGGUAUCCGUGUCUCAGGCGUCCCCAACAAUUGGUCGGAGAGAGACCGGGAGUCUGGACAGGAAGGCCGCCAGCAACCGACGACGGCACGGCCGACCGAGCGCAUGCCCCAGAGGGAGAAGCUGCGACGUGAGCUGGAGCAGCUGCUCGGUGCCCUGCCCAUGUAUGUGCCACAGCAGGCGGAGCUUGAAGACACGGUGGAGACCCACGGAGAGCCACUGACCUCACCACCAAGAAUCAGCUCACGGCAGAAGGAACCCGAGGAAAUCCUGAAACAGGGUGUUGAAGAUGAAGGAGAAAAGAUCGAUGAGGCUGAUGAGGAGAUGGAGGAUGAAGAGGACGAAGAUGAGGAAAUGGAGGCCAUCGAUGCAACCAUCUUUGAUGACCUCACCUGGGAGGUUGAAUGCACAGCAAAGGUGUGGAAGUUCCUGCAUGACAGGCAGGUUCCCCAUAAGCUGAAGGAGACGGCCAUCCGCAAGAUCCAGAUGCUGGGCAGUGGGGACUGGCGAGGGCGGCUCUGCAAACCCCUGGAGGGACAGCCCAAGCAGCACAACAUGAAGCUGUACGAGGCCCGACUGACCAAAGGCGGGCGCAUCCUGUGGGAAGUGGCCAUUGCGUUCUCACCACGCUGCAGCGAGGAAUCGGAAAAGAGACUGGGGUCAGGAGAUGGCACUUCAGAAGACACAGCAGUGGCUGGAGGACGAGUCUACUCGGAGAUUAUCCGCAUAUGGGACAUUUUCACAGACCAUAAUAAACUGAGCCAUGCCAUUGAUGUCAUUGUCAAGUCUGUGGAGCGUGGAGAGGAGUGUAUCAUCCGCAAGAACCUUGUUGGAAUCAGCAAGAAGUCCACAACAGGAGUCAUAAUGACACUUCGUCUGCCGACUUACUUCCGCGAGAUCACUGGCAACUCCCCGGACCGCAACUCCAGGCCUGUGGACAAUGCUAAGAAGAUCCCCCAGCCCUACUUCCCUCCUGCCAGCUCCCGGGAGAAUGAGUACCACAUCAUGAAGUUCUACUCGGUCAACUCCACGCUGGUCAAUGCCAUGCUGAACGACAACGACGUCAAGGUGGACUUCCCGUUCCGUGUGACGGAGCUGGAGCACGCCAUCAUCAACCUGCAGCCUCGGCCCGCCUCCUCCAUCCUGCUGCUGGGAAGGAGCGGAACAGGCAAGACCACAUGUUGCCUGUACCGCAUGUGGACCAAAUUCUUCAAAUAUUGGCAGCAGGUUUCCAUGACCGGGGAACCACUGAUCCCGAGGGACAUUGCCUUCAUACACCAGGACAAGCCAGACGAAGACCAAGAUGAAAGUGACUCUGAAACGGACAGCAGCAGUGCAUCCAACAAGCCAAGCAGGGCUGACGUCCGCAUGGAUUUCCGCCGUGAUUCUUGCAACUCGAAGAGCGUCGAGUCCAGUGGGACAGGUCCCUUCAACGACGAAGGCGACACUAAUAUGGAGAUGAUCAUGGACCAUCUGCACCAGAUCUUUGUCACUAAGAAUGCAGUGCUGUGUAGCGAGGUGCAGCGCAACUUCUGCAACAUGAGCCACGCCUGCGAGUUUGCGCACGACCCACUGGCCCAACAGGACACGCCCAUCCCCCACCGGUUCCAGGACGCCCACCAGGCCCGGUUCCCAUUGUUCCUAAGUUCUCGCCAGUUCCUGCUGAUUUUGGACGCUUCCUUGCCCAAUUCAUAUUUCCCCCGAGACGCCGAUGGAUCGCUGAAGAGAAAGAUACGAGGGUGGGAUGAAGAGGACGGACCUUUGACCUUUAUCCCCCUUAUCGACGAAGAGGAUGAUGAGGAGGAAGGUCUUGCCCCUGCCGUUCCUGAUGAAGACACAACACAAGAGGGCGCCCUCACUGACAAUACUAACCCCCACGGGCAGCAUGAGGCCCAGGGGCCUGCCGCGGCACAGAAGGCACGGUAUGACCCGCGGCGCGAGGUCACUUACGAGGUCUUUGCCUUUGAGCUCUGGCCCCGCAUCAACAAGAAGAAGUUGCCGUACCACUCCACACUUGUCUGGAUGGAGAUAACGUCGUUCAUUAAGGGAUCAGUUGAAGCACUCCAUACAGAUUCUGGUUAUCUGUCUCUGGACAGCUACUUGGCACUCGGCCAAAAGAGGGCCUCCAAUUUCACUGCUGAUAGAGAAGAGAUCUACAGUCUCUUCAAGACCUACGAGCACGUGAAGAGUCAGAAGAAUCUCUUUGAUGAGGGGGACCUGGUGUUUCAUGUCUACCGUCGCUUGCGCGACGUUCGGACUUUAGACUGGGUGCUGCAUGAGAUCUACGUGGAUGAGACACAGGACUUCACACAGGCAGAGCUGGCUCUCUUCAUACGCUGCUCGCAUGACCCCAAUUCACUUUUUCUGACUGGAGACACUGCGCAGAGCAUCAUGCGUGGAGUGGCAUUCCGCUUCGAUGAUCUGAAAUCCCUCUUUCACUACGCCAGCAAAUCCGUCAAGGCCCUGGGCAAGCACUCAGCUGUGACUGUGCCCAAGAGAGUUUACCAACUCACACACAACUACAGGUCGCAUGCCGGGAUCCUGAACCUGGCCUCCACCAUCGUGGACCUGAUGACCCACUUCUUCCCAAACUCCUUUGACCGUCUGGAGCGGGACCAGGGCCUGUUCCACGGCCCUUCCCCGGUGCUACUGGAGUCCUGCAGCUUCAGCGACCUGGCUCUGCUAUUGUGCGGCAACAAGAGGAAGACGUCAGAGAUCGAGUUUGGGGCACACCAGGUAAUCCUGGUCGCCAAUGAAGAAGCCAUCGAGAAACUGCCAGCAGAGCUUCGCCUCGGUCUGGUCAUGACCAUCUACGAGGCCAAGGGGUUGGAGUUUGACGAUGUCCUGCUCUACAACUUCUUCAAGGAUUCCCCAGCUGACAAGGAGUGGCGAGUGAUCACAGACUACCUGAACGAGUUGAUUGCUCAACAGCAAAACCGGUCCAAGGAGCUACAAGAUGAAGGCUUGAAGGAAAUUGAUGUGGAGAGUUUGACCGCAACCAUUCGGCCACGUCCCCUGAAAUUUAACCGCGACGAGCACAAGGUCCUGAACUCCGAGCUGAAGUAUCUCUACACAGCCAUCACAAGAGCCAGGGUCAACGUCUGGAUCUUUGACGAGGACGAGACCAAGCGAGGACCGAUGUUUGAGCUGUUUCGGUGCCUGAAAUUGGUCAAAGGCAUCGGGCCUGACACCAAGCAAGACGUCGAAAGCCCUGAUUUGGAUGCUAUGUUUGUGGAGAAAUCCAGUUCGUGGGAGUGGAUCCAGCGUGGCCAUUACUUCUUUGAGAACAAGCUUUGGAAGGUGGCUGCUGAGUGCUACCAACGCGGCGGGGAUGAGAAGAGGGAACUGCUUGCUCGGGCGCACCACCAGGCCAUGGAGGCCGAGCGCAUGCGAGACCAGCUGCACGCCAUGCGGGAGAAAUUCCUGCAGGCUGCCAGCCUUUUCCUCAAGUGUGGCAGCAGCAGGAUGGCAGUCAACUGCCUCUACAACGCCAGGGAGUUUGCAUUGCUGGCACAGCUUUUGGAGAAGCAGGGAGAGUUCUCCAAGGCAGCCAAGAUCUACGAGAAGCGGCUGAACCGCGUGAGCGACGCCUGCCGCUGCCUGGAGCUGAUGAAGGAUUACGCCAAGGCACUGGACCUUCUGUGCAGCGUGGGCUUGCACACCAAGGCCCUUGAUGUCAUCGAUCGGUUCAAACGCUUCGAGCAGGAGCUGAAGAAGAAAGGGAAGCCCCUCCCAAAACAUGUCAAACGGCCGGGGUCCACCCACACUCUGAGCGAGUUGAUCUUCAAGUCGGCCGAGUACCACUUUAAAAAUGGAGACUCUGGCCAGAUGCUGGACGCUUUGGAGCAACUGGACCAUUUUGAGGCCAGGGUGGACUUCCUUCGUAAGCGGGGGCUGUUUGCAGAAGCUGUGAAGAUGCUAAAAGAUGGAGGACGUCUGUUGGAUGCGGCCAAAAUUCUUAGAGAGCAGGGCAAGCUAGAGGAAGCAUGCACCAUCCUGGAAUCCUCAAACCAUCCAGAGUUUGUUGCAGAGUGUCGACUGGGCCAGGCUAGGAAGCUGCUUCUUGAGCCAGGCAGUGCUGAGGACCAGACUGCUGCCAUCUCCCUCCUCACAAAGGCAGAGAGUCUGUUCACCAGAUGUGGUGACUCCGUUAGAAAAGCCGAGACGCAACUCCUGCUGGGCCAACUAAAGAAGGAUGCCGCCAAGAUCCGAGAAGCAAAUAUUGCCUUCAACAGGAUGUCGCACACAGCUGGAGAGUCAGAAUGCACUGAUCAUCUGAUCAAGCUGUCCUUGCCGAGCGCCACCUCCAUCAAAGGCCGGGUCUUCCAGCAGCUGAAGAACCUCCUGGAGCUGAUCUGUGCUCUGUUUGUUGGCACCAGUCCUGAGCAGGAGCGACAGAGGCGAUUAUGCGAGGAGUUCUUUGGCUUGGCUCCAGGAGAAGAAGGAAUGCUCUGCAUCCAAAGAUGUGAAGGAGCAAGAGUGUUGUCCGCAUUGGACAAGAGUCUGCUGCAAGUGAGCUACAUCAAGGCUGAGAAAGCUCGAGAAGCCAUUGCUAGGUGUUGCCUAAUACCUAGAGCCCUGUGGUGGGUGAAGGGGGCUCGUGAACUCCUUCGCGGGGAAAUGCAGAAGCUGACACAGUGCAGUGAUUAUGUGAUCGGGAUCCCAUGCUCAAAACCUGCAGAUACCUGCCAGCAACUCCAUGAACCGUACAAAUUCCACCAUGUGGAAGGUCGGGUGAGCUGUUUGGUCCAGCUGAUUGAAAUUGACAGUAUCCUUGAGAAGGCCUCCAAGUUGUCCAACUUCAAGUCCGCGGACAAGCUCGUGGCGGAGAUAAAACGCAGUCAAGGGAAGAGUGCCAAGAAGUGCAAGGCUUUGUAUGAUGUCUUCUUCCCUGAGCACUGUCACCAGCGUUUCAUAGGUGAAACAGCUUCAGCGAUGCAGAAGUUUCUGAGGCUUGUCCGACACACUGCAGUGGAGAAGCAGUUGAAGGCCUUCGCCGAGAGUGAACGGAAGGAGGUUGAUGCUCGAAGGCUCAGGACAGACACUGACUUGUACCUCAUGUGUCACAAUAUUUACCUGCUGAUAGGAGAAAAACCGACAGUCAUGGAGAACUUGGUGAAGCAAGAGGAAGUUGACUGCUUAAACUGGCAAAAGAAAGACAGAUGGAAGCAUCCUCAACCUUUAGGAAUGCAUCCAUUGUUUAAUAAUGAUCCCCGCAAGGGGUUCUUAAGCUAUAAGCGGCGUCAUUUAGAUUCCUUUGCAAGUCUUUAUAAAAAUCGUGAUGCUUUGGAAUCUCUUAGUUCAUUUAAUCGCUUCAUGGGCACCCUAGCCAACAAGCCAGUGGAUCCUCUGUUGCCAUCUAUAAGUAACACAGUGGCCUUGAUAGAGGCUAAAGUCACCAUGAUGUUAGCUUUGGGAGCAAAGAUUCAGCAGUGCUCUGUUGCCAUACCAGCGAGUUACCUUGCUCAGGCUGGGUUCCUAGAUGCUAUUUGCUGUCCAGGACAAGGACAUGCAAUGUACAGUGCUGUGAGUAACUCAGCAGUCAAUAAGGACACUCGUGGCCAGACAUGUCGUCUAGUUAGCCUGAUUUGCGGAACUACCAGGUCAGGCAGAGAUUUCAAUGUCCUGGCCGAUGCCUUCUCCAGCGUCGAGUAUAUACACACUGGAGAGGCAGAGCGCACACUGGUCCUGGUGCUUGUGAUGUUGUGCAAUGCUGGGCUGGCCCUACCUGCCCAGAUCAUCAGAGACACGCGCGAAGCGCUGCAGUCCAUCGCUCCAUCAGAAGAGCAUCUCCCAAAGAGAGUCCACACUGCUCUCUGUAAUGUCAAUAAGGCCCAGAGUCGUCGCAAUGCCCUUCAAAUCUUGGAGAAGCUGCUGGCCGCCCGCGAUGACGAGUAUCUCCGAGAAUGCACGUGGAGUCCUCACAUGCCUCGCCGGGGUGCUCCUGGACUGGAAUUCCACAAAUUGAAGAUCAAAAAUUUUGAUGAUGUGCAUUUUGAAACGCUCCGUUCAAAGUCUCCAACCGUCUUCACUGAACUGGCCGAGGGCAAUGUCCAUCAGAGAGGUAGAGACUUUGAGGACAAAGAUGAGGAUGUGGCCAGGGAAGGGGAAGGCUCUGGCGACAAUUCAGAAGAGGAAGGUGAGCUUCGCCUGGAAGUGUCCAGCGAAGAAGCUGCCAAGAUCCAGCAGGAACAGGAGACUCUGCAGAAGGAGAGGGCUGCAAAGAUUAUCAGGAGAGUCCUGAAAGCUAACAGGCUUCUCCGUCUGGCUGCCCUCUUGAGGUCAUGCGCCUAUAUCACUCUCACAGUCAAACCAGAAGUUGAGGCCAAGUCGGAGACAACCGCCGCUGGCUGGGUCUCCCAACAGCUGGUGGAGUUCCAGCACAUCCCCACCGGCUGCACCAUCUGCAAUGUCCGUCUGCGGGAAGUUCAGGAGGUGAGGCCUGAGCCAAGAGAUGCAGCUGAAGAAGUCCAGGACGGAGAUGAUGCAGCAGGUGAAGAUGACUCUGUGGAGACAGAUCAAGAGCCUGAGCCAGAAGCAGACAGUAAAGAUGAUCUACCCACCCAGGAGGAGCACGAGUCGACGGAGUUCCACAAACAAAGACACCAGGAAUUCCUGCAGUACGGGUACAUGCUCAGGGAUGAGGUCUAUCCGUUGAUCACAGAUGUGGACAAAUUGCUAAAGGAGCUUCGCUUCCCUAGCCUGACAGGAGAAAACCCUGGAGAUUCAGGCCAAUUCAAAUACUUUGAAGAGGACUUGUCAAGACGCAGGCAGGAUCUGGCAAGCAAGAUGACAGAGAUCCAAAACCAGCGUGCAUUUGAGAAGCUGGCGGAUGUCAGGCACGCGGUAGAUCAGCUGAAGAAGGGCUUUGAGAACAGCAAAAGGAAACUGGAACAACAGAGGGCGGCAGAGCAUCAGGACAAGACCGUAGACUCUGACACCGAGGAGGCGGACAAGAUGCCCUUUGAGGAGGGAGAAGAUGCCGACGAGGAUAAGAUCCUCCCGGUUGCUGAGCAACCAACCCGGCGUAAAGGGGGACGCAACAAGGGGAGGGGCCAGAAGCAGAAGGGGAGGUGGAACGGACGAAUGGGGAAGAGGAAAUGAUGGAUGACUUCAGAGCAGGUGGAAUGUCAGCCUCGUUUCCAUGGGGUACACACUCCUUGCCUGAAACCCGGCUGCGUGGGGGGGGAAGAACUGACUUGCAGGAACCUUUGUAACAUUCUCAGUGCACCAUGGGAUUGGAUGGCAAACAGGCGGUGCAUUUUAUGCGCAACCCUGUGAGGGAAGUAAACCAGCCAAUUUCCCUGAUACAAUGAAAAUGUCAAGAAAGGUUUCUUCUUCAAGGGGAUUUUAUUUGCAGUCGAGUACAUAAUUGAGUGUCUCAUUCCUACAAUUAAUUUUCUUUACAUGCCAACGGAGGAAGUAUAAAAGAGGGCAUAAGAUUUUUACAGGCAAGAUCACGCCAUGGGAACGAGGUUAAAAAGCACUUAUCUUGAACUGAUUGAGUGUGCUGCGUGUUAAUUUUUAAAAAAAGUUGACGAAGGUCAUACAUAUUUUACUCUUAUUGAUACUUACAAUUGCAAUUAAUUGAGUAUAAAGCUUGCGUCAUCCUAUACCAUGUUUAAUUAAUAAAAUCGUAACACCGGGUUUGGCUGUAAUUUGUUAACUCCUGGACUGGGGAAGCCUAGCCUCAAUGUAGCUUGUUGACCCAGUCUUGUUUCUUUAUUUGGAGUAAUCCUUUUGUGUUUAACUGCAGGGUGUUGGUGAAUCUGUUACCAGGGAAAUUACCAAAAAAAGAUUUGUUGGGUAGAGUUGUUCUACUUCAACAUUUUUCAUGCAAUGCAAGUGAUUUCUGUUGUGCUUUUUUAGAUGUGUAGAUCCUGCUUUUGUGUAUGUUAGCUGUUCGAUAGGAAAGAUUUAAAUUCCUCUCUGUUCUGCCAAAGGUGAAUUCAGUUAGAUAAAGAAUCUGUUAGCAGUCAUCAUGUUUUUGUUUUUCCUCAGUCCAACUUUACCUUGUUUCUGUUGGUUGUAUUUUACUCAAGCUAUAUCCAUCACAUUCUUUUUUUAUAUGAAAAUAAACAUUAAUGAUUGUUUGGUCCGUGGCAUAAUUUGCCGGACUGUGUGCUUAAAGUCGUCAUAAUUUAGAAAGAUGAGCACAAAAAUCUCAUUUGUCAGUGUGUUUGUGUUACCACAUCUCCAAUAUUCAUAGUUGGUUAUUCCUCUGUUGCUUUUGUUGAUUUCGAGCUUGCUGUUUUGUUUUGUUUUCAUUUUUUGCGAAGAACUGUUUCUUUCCUGAAGUCAAGGAGAUUUAAAAUUAGCCAAUUGUGUUGAUUAUUAACUCUUUUGUUGAAUUUGCAUUUGUAACAGGUGGAAAGGGACAUAUUCCAGAAGAUUAUACUGAUCAACCUGUUUGUAUCUUUCUCUCCAGAAAACUAUUAAUAGUAGAGGGAUCCCCUUCGGUUUCUGUUUGUCCGGCACAGUUGCUCUAAUUCCUACAUUUUCAUACAAUUUAUUCUGAUGUGCCUUUUUGAUUUCAAGUGAGAUUAUGUCCAUUUCUAGUUUUGUUGUUUGUUUUGGGGCUACUGGAGGGGAAAGAGUGUAAAUGCCUUACCUGUCCUGCCCUGAAAGUUGUUCCUUUUUUUCUCUGUUGCUAGAACUUGACACAUAUUCUUCCAUACAAACUUCAUACGCAUGAAACAAUUCUAAAUUGAGGGGCUUUUGAGGACUUUAGAGGUACAGCAAUUCCAUUUUAUGAACCAGUAUCCAGGAAACAUUGCUGGUUUAGGAGAGAUUUAUGUAUACUCGUCUGAUAUUGGAUCAUUUGCUCUGUUUCAAUUAAAAGUUUGAAUGUUGGCUUACUACAGAGUCCAUAUCCAUCACCAACAGUGAAAGUUUCGCCAUCCAAGUGAUCGGCUAAUAUAUCAAGUCAAUUUUACUGGUUGGUGGCAUAUUUUGCAACCCUUUCCUCCACAUGAAUUACUGCAAUACGUUAAUCAAGAAAACAAUCCUUUCAAAGACUUUGAAAGACCUAUGAUUUGAAAAAAAAAUGUUACAAUUCCAGGACUUUUGAGGACCAUACAAGCCCUGACCAUGCUAUGAACAGUUUGUUUCUGGAAAUUCAAUCUUGCCUUGCGCAUAAAAUGCCAAUAUCAAAUCACAACUCCGACUAUAUAUACACAACAGGAUUCAUUCUGGUUGGAUUGUAAACUGCAGCCAAAGUCGGCUCAGUUUUUGUUCAACGUCGGCUCUGGUGUAAAAAUCAAAAUAUCUUGACCUUGCCAGUACAUGCAUUUGUUAAUUGAACAACGAGAAUAUUUAUUUAGUGAGUUUAACAUGAGAUUCGGCAGAAGUUACUUGGAAGUUUACUUUGUUCCAUUGUUUAAAAGACUGCAGAAUUAUUGUCAUUUGACAUGAUUUGCUUUUUGUUUUGUUUGUUGACUGAUUUGUUACUUUUUGUUUUAAAGAGCCACAGAGGAAGUAAAAAUUAGGAGCUUAAUUAGGAACGUGAACAGUUUUAAUCUCUAGGUUUCUGAUAUAUGAUUGAUGUAGAAAGUGAAACGAUCUUUAUAGGUACAGUCCAUUUGCAGUUAUUGGAAAGGAAUGACAAAAUAAGCAUGCUUUUAAAGAUGGUUAGGGACUAGACCCCAUGAAAUUAUUUUUCCAGCGAACUGUCAUUUGGAAUAAAAGAGUGAAAGAAUGUCAUCUUGAAUGAUGCGUCGAAAGAUGCAUUUGGUGGAAAAUUGCCAACAGAAUAACGCCUAAGCAUUGACUUAACAAAUGCGCAGUUACAAUAAUGUGUCAGUUUCGGUUAAUUCAUGGCAUAGAUGCAUUCGACCUGAUGUGAGAACAUGUACCAACUUGUAAUCUGAAAAUGAAAUCAUUGAAAAACAAUUUUUCUCGGAAUAUAAAGUAUUCACUCAGCUGAACUUCGUCAGGUUUGUUCUUAGGUACCAUUUGUUGGAUUUUUUUUUAGUAAUUUUGUUGCCCGAAGGGACAUAAUGCACAAAUGACAGAUGGACUGUACCUGUCAGGAUCCAGUAAGCCAUGUUUGCCUUUAGUGAUCUGUUUAUACCCAUUCUAGAAUUGCUUGAAAAGAGGUUUCACUUGGGAAAUGUAAGAUGUGAAAAGAGUUUCACGAAGAGGAAAAGACCUUGUAUGAAUCCAUUUAUAGGAAACUUUAUAAGAAGCCUACUGUUUCAGUGUUGCUGUUAUAUUCAGUAGCGGUUUAGCCAUAUCUUUGUUUAUAUGUCUUGACUUUUAACACACCCUCGUGCAAGCAUAGUCCAAUGAAACUUUUUGAAGGCUUUUGCUGUUGAGGAAUUUUUUAUCUUGAUUCAGAAUUUUUCCAGUAAAAAAAAUGAAGUGAAUGGACAGUGAGAUUAUUAAGUUCUUUUUAAGAUCAAAUACAAUUGAAGUGAUUAAGUUCACUACGUGAAGACAUUCCAAUCUGUUUGAAUUCUGACAUUGUUAUCCCACUCUUGGACGGAAGCUCUGAGUAAAAUGGGGUUGAUUUUUUGUUUAUUAAUUUAAUUAAUUUUAACUUAAAACUGUCGCUUCUUCAUUCCAAAGGCUUUUGGGGUCAGAGGUCAAGCUUUUCAGGGUUCUCAGUGUUUAAGGACCUGUUUUGUGUGGAUCCAGAUCGUGAUUAGUGAUGCAAAGUUGGUUCCCUAAAACCAAAUCCUGCUUUAAGCAGGAUUUGGUUUUAGGGAACCAACUUUGCAUUAAUAAUGGAUGGUGUGAACCAGCGUUGGAGGAUCACUGAUCAAGAUCUGGGUGCAUGUGAAACAAACAGGGGUUGUAUGUAGACCAAGACAUUGAAAUCAUCCCCAGAAACUGUUAUUCAACUUCUCCACAUUUUAUAUUCUUCAAACAACUGACGCAAUUCCAAAAUGUGCCUUGAAAAAGUACGGCUUUUUCAUCAAUAUCUCCAAAAUAAUUUUUCUGAUCCCCUAAACCUGGUAACUUUGAAGUCAAGUUUAGUUAAGCAUCUCGGUAGAGAUAUUUACUCUUACUUGGUCAUUAUGUCAACUUAUAAGAAAAUUUGAUUGCCUAGGAGGGAAAUAUCAGAUUAUUUCACGUAUAUCAGUACAACAGUUAACAAAUAAAAUAUUUUUUUUUGUUUAUUGUCAA